UGUAGAUUCGCCACCUCACAAGCUCCUGGCAGGUGCGGUUCGGCCGUCCUCCCUGCUAGCGUCAUCAAGGUGUUCGUCCACUUCAGCUUGUUGCAUUGCAAAAUCGCCUUCGGCAAACCCCACAUGUCAGCCUUACCGCGCCACACUGCGGCUGUGCAACAGCCACGCCCUUCCUGGGCUGAGCUUGUUCAACCUCCCUUAACAUGCCAACAGGCAGCAGAAUCAGCUCACAGUACUCUGGAACUAUCCCGCCUUUCGAUGCGCUCCUUUGACCAACGUUCUCAGGCGACUUGCCGUGCUCGUCUCCUUAGCUAGGCUGCCACGUUGACCCUCUGGGACCCUAUUCCUCUGCAUGCGUCCGUUAGAACUCCCCGCGUAGUAAUGCGUCUUUUGCUACGCAGCAACACUGGCGAGUUUAGCCUCACAAAGGACUUGGUGGGCUAUGAUCCUAUCCCUCCCUAUGCGAUCCUUUCGCAUACUUGGAGAGAGGGCGAAGAGGUCACCUUUGGAGAUUUGAUGGAUGGCACUGGAAAGAAUAAGACUGGCUACAAUAAGAUCCAGUUCUGCGGACAACAGGCUGAACGCGACGGCUUGCGAUACUUUUGGGUGGACACCUGCUGCAUUAACAAAUCAAAUCACGUCGAGCUUCAAGAAGCUAUCAACUCUAUGUUCCGCUGGUACCAGAAUGCGGCGAAAUGCUACGUCUAUCUAUCGGAUGUUUCGACGGCUAAGCGAAAAGUGGGCGAUGAAUCCCUUAAGUUUACCUGGGAGCCAGCUUUUCGGGCAAGCAGAUGGUUUACACGAGGCUGGACCCUCCAGGAGCUUCUUGCCCCAACUUUGGUCGAAUUCUUCUCUCAAGAACGGAAAAAACUUGGCGACAGACGAUUGCUGAAGCAACAAAUUCGCGAAAUCACAGGGAUUCCUGAUGCAGCACUCGAAGGGGCACCUUUAUCUCAGUUCAGCGACAAAGAGCGAUUUCGGUGGAUACAAUGCCGCCAUACAAAGGUCGAAGAAGACAAAGCGUACUCACUACUUGGUAUUUUUGACGUCGAAAUGCCUCUUCGCUAUGGGGAAGGAUCUGCGAGUGCGUUCAAACGGCUUGAGGAGGAAAUCGAGAAGCUGAACAAAUGCCUUCGAGACCUACGCCUAACGGAUCCUCGUGAUGACAAGAAGCGAAUAGAAGAUACCAAGGGUGGUUUGCUAGAGGACUCUUACCACUGGAUAUUGGAAAACUCCGACUUCCAACAAUGGCGUGACGACCCGCAGAGCCGGCUGCUAUGGAUCAAGGGCGAUCCAGGCAAGGGCAAGACGAUGCUGCUCUGCGGAAUUGCAAACGAACUGACAGACUCAACGACCAACACAGCUCUUCUGUCCUACUUCUUCUUCCAGGCUACAGACUCGCGGAUUAACAGCGCAACAGCUGUCCUGCGAGGUCUGCUAUACAUGCUUGUUUAUCAGCAGCCAUCGCUUGUCUCGCAUAUCCGGAAGAAGCACGACCAUGCAGGCAAAGCACUCUUCGAGGACGCAAAUGCCUGGGUUGCACUGUCUGAAAUCUUCUCAGACGUCCUCCGAGACCCGAGUUUAAAGGACACAUACUUGAUGGUUGAUGCGCUCGACGAAUGCGCCACUGGACUACCGAAACUGCUAGACUUCAUCGUGCAAACGUCUUGCGUGUCUGCUCGAGUUAAGUGGAUCGUUUCCAGCCGCAACUGGCCUAAUAUCGAGGAGCGUAUUGAGAGAGCAGGACAGAAUGUAACACUUAGCCUCGAGCUGAAUGCGGCCUCAGUGUCUACUGCUGUUCAGUUCUACAUUCGGCAUAGAGUGGAUCAGCUGGCGCUAGAAAAGAGUUAUAAAGAGAAAGAGAAGAGUGCUGUGUUAGCUCAUCUAACCUCAAAUGCGUAUAACACCUUCCUCUGGGUAGCCUUAGUCUGUCAAAAUCUUGGCGACAUACCAAGAUGGAAGGUGCUCGCGAAACUAGAAGCAUUUCCACCCGGACUCGACGCUCUUUACAAUCGGAUGAUGCAGCACAUAAGCAGCUCGGACGAUGCUGACCUGUGCAAGCGCAUAUUGGCCUUGGUCGCCAUUGUAUAUCGGCCCGUUGCGCUUAGCGAGCUGACAUAUCUUUGCGAACCGCUUGAGGAUAUGGCCGAUGACCUUGCUUCAGUCCAACAGAUCGUUGGCCUAUGCGGUUCGUUCCUUACGAUUCGAAGCGGUACGGUCUACUUCGUGCAUCAAUCUGCAAAAGACUUCCUAUGCACAAAGGCCGUUAGCGACAUCUUCCCAAACGGAAUGAAGGAGGUCCACCGUGCUAUCUUCUUAAGAUCCCUCCAAGUUAUGUCGAAGACGCUCCGACGAGACAUGUACGGCGUACGUGCGCUAGGAUAUCCCGCGGACCAGGUAGAAGAACCGGACCCGGACCCAUUAGCGGCAUCGCGGUAUUCGUGCAUCUACUGGAUUGAUCACCUCUCCGACUGGAAUCACGGUUGUUCUGCACAUGAUAGGGUCCCGCUACAGGAUCAAGGCCCUGUCGACAACUUCCUAAGAACGAAAUAUCUCUACUGGCUUGAGGCCCUGGGCCUGUGCAAAAGCAUGCCAAAAGGUGUUAUCGCCAUGGCGAAACUUGAGAAAUUAAUGAAGGGAAGAGCCGAUGCAGCUGAAUUAACGGAACUGGUUCGAGAUGCGCAUCGAUUCAUCAUGGCUCAUAAGUGGGCAAUAGAGAGCAGUCCUUUGCAAGUAUACGUGUCUGCACUCGUAUUCAGCCCAUCCAGUAGCCUAAUAAAAAGCCAUUUUAAGAACGAAGAACCACAGUGGAUCACGAUUAGGCCAAGCAUAGGAGAUACAUGGAGUUCCUGUUUCCAGACCCUCGAGGGCCAUAAACACCAUGUGAACUCUGUGGCCUUCUCGCACGACUCGACACUACUAGCGUCGGGAUCAAUCGACAAAUCUAUCAAGAUAUGGGAUGUGAACAGCGGCGAGUGUGUGCGGACGCUCGAGGGCCAUAGCCAAUAUGUCAACUCAGUAGCCCUUUUCCGCAACUCGACACUACUAGCGUCGGGGUCAAACGACAGGACUGUCAAGAUCUGGGAUGGGAGCAGUGGCAAGUGCGUACGAACAUUUGAGGGACAUAGUGCCGAAGUUUGGUCUGUAGCCCUCUCUGAGGACUCGAAAUGGCUGGCGUCGGCUUCAAGCGACAGGACUGUCAAGAUCUGGGAUGCAAGUGGCGAGUGCCUGCAGUCAUUAGAAGGCCACAGCGGUUCGGUUAACUCAGUGGCUAUCGCUCACAACUCGACACUACUAGCGUCAGGAUCAUACGACAAGUCUGUCAAGAUCUGGGAUGCAAGUAGUUUCAAGUGUCUUCUGUCGCUAGAGCGUCAUAGCGGUUCAGUCAGCUCAGUAGUCUUCUCGCAUAAUUCAAAACUGCUAGCAUCAGCGUCAGAUGACAGGACGGUCAAGAUCUGGGAUGUAAGUAGUGGCGAGUGCCUGCAGUCGCUGAAGGGCCAUAACAGUUCUGUCAGCUCAGUGGUCUUCUUGCACGGCCUCAAACGGCUGUCGUCGGCGUCAAUCGACGGAGCAAUUAAAAUCUGGGAUAUGGCUAGCAGCGAAUGCUUGCAGACGCUCAAAGGCCACGGCAGUUGUGUUAGGUCGGUAGUCUUCUCGCAAUACUUGACACGAUUAGCGUCGGCGUCAGAUGACAAGACAGUCAAG